AUGUCCAGAGAUGCAAAUCCAUCAUGGUCCAGUCCCAUGACUCCCCAUGACGUCAGGCGUAUCUUCGGAAACAUCGUCGAGCUGGCGGAACUCUCUGAUACCCUCUGCGAUAGACUCGAGCCGGCGCUGGGUAAUAUGCUCGAAGACGGAGGAGCGGAUAGCUGCGUUGGUCAGGUGUUCCUGGAUCUCAUCCCUUCCUUGGAGCCACUCUACAAGACGUACAUCUCUGGCCACCAGUUGUCGCUCUCGCAUUACGCCGCCUUGACUACCCCCACCCCAUCUCCGGCCUUCCGUACGUACUUGGGGAUUGUCGAGUCAAAGGCCUCAAGCUUCACCGACACGCGCGAUCUCCGAUCCCUCCUCGAGAAGCCCGUCCAUCGCUUCCUUAGGUACCCGGCGCUUCUGCAAGCCAUUUACGAAGAGACCCCCGAUGGCCAUAGAGAUAAAGAGAACUUGAAGAAGGCGAGAGAGGAGCUACUGAGGGCGCUGCGGAGCGUGAACGAGGGCUUGCGCCGGCGGGAGGUUGUCCGGGUGGUCUUGAACACGGUGGGCUCGAAAUCGCAUAGCAGAAAGAAACGCACGUUCUCUGGGUUAACCACCGGCCUCAAGCUGGGCUUCAUCCAAAGUCUGAACCAGAGUCUCCCGUACGAGAGGGAGCCUGAUCCUGGCGCUGUUAAUGUGGGAAGCCAUAGCCAUUGGUACGACGGAGCGGAAGAUGUCUCACAAUACGAGAGGGAGCUGCAGUUGUUCGCCAAGUUUAUCGAAGACUUUCACAGGGUUGUGAAGACGUGGGUAGCAUCGGUAAAGGACUUCCACAUGCAGCAGCUGGUCUGGUCGCUCGCUUUUGGCCGGAUGAUGAAUUUCGUGGAUUCCGACGACAAUAGCACAGAGCUGAGCGAAUCAUUUGAUGCCUUUGUGGUGGUGUCCAAGAGCUAUAUCCUCCCCGCGUGUCAAAUAAUGCAGGCUUCCAUAGAAGUCAGGGUGCUCGCGCGCUUGGACAUGCUAAGCGAUAGUAUGGAAGGACCGAUGAAGUUGUUGGGCGCAAUGCGUACACUGCGGCCCCUACAUCAUCACCUCCUACGGCAUCCGUCUGCGGCUUCCGGCGGGCGAGAUGCAUCGGCGCUCAUGGAGGCUAGCCAGUCGUAUGUCUUACUGAGAAGCCAGUUGGCCGCUGAGCUGCCAGGAUACUUGGCUCUCCUGGAGAAGGGUGUGCGAGGGUGUGUCGGGGUCUUUGUCGAGCACCAGGUCACUUUGUGGGAAGUGACGACGCUCGCGAACUGGUGGGAACGAUGGCACUUCACGUACGAGAUAUUUGGUAAACUUGCAGUCGUCCAGGAACCCUCUCAUAGUGUCAGGGAGCUCCGCAUUCAGAGAAUGUAA